CUACCGUUGUGAGUUCAAAGGUUAGCUUGUUUGGUAACCUGCAUGUUGUUGUAUGCCUAGCAGGGGAAAGGUGUGUUAUCUGUGGAUUUUUGCACCAGUAGUUCCUUAUUUUGCUUAAUGUAACACACAAAUGUGUUGUCGCUUAUGUAUUUAACCUGUAAUGUCCGUGUGUGCUGCGCGCUGACAACCCGGACAUGCUAAUGUUAGCCCUGUAGCUGCCUAGCUUGGUAGCUAGCUAGUUUGGUGACAAGCGUCCUAAAUGUCAAAUUGUAUCGAAAGCUGACCUUGUAGGCACAGACAGCUGGAAGAACGAUUCGCAUGGCUUCAGUCAGAGCUAUGGCUUCAACCAGUCUCCUGUGUUUGUUCAACGCGAAGGCAGCAGGCUCGAUAAAAACAUUAUCCAGGGCAGGAUGCAGUGUGUGCUUCAGGAGGAAUUUCUCCAGUUCACCUUCAAGACUGCAAAGCUGCAUGUCAGCCUGGGUCAUUGAUCAGUAUGGCACUAAUGGGGUCCUGAGGUACACAGAGGAAAUCACAAUGCCCACCAUCAAUUCUGCUAGUGAGGUGAUGAUUAAAGUCUAUGCAGCUAGUCUAAACCCUCUUGAUGUAUCUAUGAGGGGUGGCUAUGGAGCUAAACUGAUGAAGUUAAGAAGGGAUCCAUUUUCUGCGAUGAGCGACGAUAAUGAGUUUCCCCUCAUUCUUGGUCGGGAUGUGUCUGGUGUAGUGGUGGACUGUGGAUCUGGGGUUACCCACUUUUCUCCAGGGGAUGAGGUGUGGGCUGCUGUACCCCCAUGGAAACAAGGCAGUCUGGCCGAAUUUGUGACUCUGACAGAGUACGAGGUUUCCUACAAGCCAAAAUUACUGAGUCACAUCGAGGCAGCGUCCAUCCCCUACGUAGCCAACACUGCUCUGUCUGCACUCGUGAAUGCAGGUGGUCUUUGCAGAGACAACGCUUCAAAUAAAAGAGUUUUGAUCACUGGAGGAUCAGGAGGUGUUGGAACAUUUUCCAUUCAGCUACUGAAGGCUUGGGGAGCCCACGUAACCGUUACGUGCUCUCAGAAUGCUGAAGGCCUUGUUAGAGGGCUCGGGGCUGACGAGGUGGUGGACUACACAGCAGGAGAUGUCGCUGAAAAACUAGAAACAAUGGAAAAAUUUGAUGUUGUUUUGGAUGGCGUGGGUGGAGAUACAGAGGAGUAUGCGAUGGGCCUGCUGAAGCCCUGGUCUGGGGCAAAAUAUGUCACGCUGGUAACACCUUUACUCCUCAACACCGAUUCCAUGGGCCUGUUAGAUGGGACGCUUCAUGCCGGCUUCACCCUCCACAGUAAAGCCAUUCAGAACAUACUAUCAAGCGGAGUCUUCUACAGGUGGGGGUUUUAUGCUCCGGAUGGGCCCGCUCUGGAUGAGGUCAGCCGGCUGGUGGAUGCAGGGAAGAUCCUCCCAGUCGUGGAGGCCCAGUUUCCAUUCACACAGGUGCCUCAGGCUUUUCAGAAAUUGGAGCAGGGCCACGCCAGGGGGAAGACUGUAGUCAGGGUGACUGAGGAGGACGACGAACAGACUGAGGAGCUGGUGCAGAGCAGCCGCUUAGAGACUGCAGAGUCGGAGCAAGAAGCGCAAGAAACAGCCAAACAGAACUAAGAGGAGAGCUGCUCCUCUGAUCCUUCUCACCUCUGCAAGGCUACACUUGACUGCUGCAAACUGUAUUAUCCAGAGGUAGCGGUGUGUUGUGCAGCAGACUGAAAGCGUGACGUGUGCUCGUAAUGAGAGCGAGCUGGAGGCUGCAGCUCUUGUUAAAACUUACGCCUUCCAGGACUGUCUUGAAGUUUUCACAAGUUGGUUGAGUUAUGCUGCGUUCGUGUCACAGUGGGGUUACUAUAAUUACCACCUGCUGACCCAUAAAUACCAUUCAGGUCAGAAUCCAGCUGGGAAUAGUAACCAGGUAUUUGGUUGCUUGCUGGAAUUAAUCCAACAUGAAAUAUGUCUGUUACAAACAGAAGCAGCACUACAAGGCUGGUGACUUUUUCCUUUUCAUUUGCAUAAUCUCCUUGUUAAGUCGUUGAACUGCCACCAGCGCAAACCCUUUUCCCAUCAUCACCUUGUGUCUCACUUCAUGUGGAUGCUGUACACAGCUACUUAUUCUGAAUACGAAUAUGUCUGUUAAACCUUUGAGAAAUAAACAUCAAAUCUGAAACACUCCAUUUAGUUUCUACAUUGUUGUUCAGUAAAGUGGAGCUCAGUUAACUGUUUCGUGUAAUGUAUUUAAGAAAUUUAUUGACAAAAAUACUUUUGUUACUCUGAAAACAAAAUGAGUCUGAGCUGUAUAGUUUUCAUUAAACAAAAAUAAAAAGACACGAUACAAUA